CUUCCAGAGGAUGUGUCGGCGUGCUGUGCACCUGCUUCCAGCCUCGUAUUUUUACACUCAGGGGUUUCAAUAACCCAUAUUUUUAAAUAAAUCGUUAACAAAUAUCCAAUCCGACUAUCUUUCUGCAGGAGAGACGCCAUUGAUGCACAGAAACAACAACAGAGGAUGUGUUGAUUUUUCUCCUCUAGCAGUGAGACAGCAUCUUUACCGGUGACACAUCAUCAGCCCUACAAGUGGAUCAGGCGUCCAGGACAGCAUGUCAGACAAAAGUGACCUAAAGGCAGAGCUGGAGCGCAAGAAGCAGCGCCUCGCCCAGAUCAGGGAGGAGAAGAAACGAAAGGAGGAGGAGAGGAAGAAGAAGGAGUCAGACAGCCAGCAGAAAACUGAAGUGACCCCAGAGGAUUCGGACUUGGACCGCAAGCGUAGGGAGACUGAGGCGCUGCUACAGAGUAUUGGCAUCUCCCCAGAACCUCCACUAGUCCCGACACCGGUGUCCCCGUCCAAAUCAGUGAGCACGCCCAGUGAGGCGGGGAGCCAGGACUCAGCCGAGGGAGGGGCGGCAGGCAGGACACUGCAAUGGGACACAGACCCCUCUGUGCUGCAGCUGCAGGCUGAUUCUGAGCUUGGGCGCAAGAUGCUGAGGCUUGGAGCCUCUAAGAUCACACAGGUAGACUUCCUUCCCAAAGAGGUGGUCUCUUACUGCAAGGAGACACAAACACCAGUCAACACCCUGCUUUCUGAAGUAGAGGAAGAAGAGGAGGAUGAAGAGAUGUUGGAGGCAAAGCCUGGCCCAGAGAAUGAGUUGCGGGAUGAUGAUGAUAACAAGGAGACCAAAGAUGGUUGUUUUCCUUUCCUGCGAGAGCUGACGGAAGAGGAGCGACAACAGAUCCUGCACUCCUCUGAGUUUCAAAGCUUUUUCGACUGUAGCAUUCGGGUGAUGGAGAGAGCGCUCGCAGAGGACGGUGACAUUUUCUUUGACUACAGCGGCCGUGACCUGGAAGACAAAGAAGGGGACUUGGGAAGCGGCUCCAGUUUAUACCUGAGCAGACUCUUUUAUGAUGAGCACUGGUCAAAACAUCGUGUUAUUACGUGUCUCGACUGGUCCCCUCAGUAUCCUGAAUUACUGGUUGCAUCCUACAAUAACAAUGAAGAUGCACCCCAUGAACCAGAUGGUGUCGCCCUGGUGUGGAACAUCAAGUUCAAGAAGGCUACACCAGAGUACAUCUUUCACUGUCAGUCUCCGGUGGUAUCUGUUGGUUUUGCCAAGUUUCAUCCCAACUUGGUGGUUGGAGGGACUUACUCAGGGCAGAUCGUUCUGUGGGACAACCGCAGUCACCGACGGACCCCUGUCCAGAGGACACCUCUAUCUGCUGCAGCACACACUCACCCCGUCUACUGUGUGAACGUGGUCGGCACCCAGAACGCCAACAACCUGAUCAGCGUGUCGACAGAUGGGAGGUUGUGUUCGUGGAGUCUGGAUAUGCUUUCUCAGCCUCAGGAGACCAUGGAGCUUGUGUACAAUAAAUCUAAGCCUGUUGCUGUGACUGGUAUGGCUUUCCCCACGGGAGAUGUCAACAACUAUGUGGUGGGGAGCGAAGAGGGCACCGUGUACACUGCAUCCAGACAUGGAAGUAAAGCGGGAAUCUGUGAAAUGUUCGAGGGCCACCAGGGGCCGGUGACUGGCAUCAGCUGUCACAGCGCAGUGGGGACAGUGGACUUCUCCCACCUGUUUAUUACAUCUUCCUUCGACUGGACGGUCAAGCUCUGGAGCACCAAGCACAACAAGCCUCUGUACUCUUUUGAGGACAACGCCGACUAUGUUUAUGACGUCAUGUGGUCACCUGUGCAUCCCGCCAUGUUUGCUGCUGUGGACGGCAUGGGUCGCCUGGACCUAUGGAACCUCAACAACGACACUGAGGUUCCAACUGCCAGCGUGACUAUUGAGGGAGCCUCUGCUCUGAACCGGGUCCGUUGGUCGUCAGGAGGGAAGGAGGUGGCCGUGGGCGACUCAGAGGGUAGAGUUUGGAUCUACGAUACGGGAGAGCUCUCCGUGGUCCACCCUGAAGACUGGACACACUUUGCCCGGACGCUGGCAGAGAUCCGCGCUAACCGAGCCGAUGGUGAGGAGGAGGGCCCUAUGGAGCUGGCUUCAUAGAAAAGGACUCCAAAACCAGAAGUGACUGGAGAGCAGAGAGCUGGUGGAAUUCAGUCGGCAUCCCUGUAGCAUGUGAUCUUCAUUCAGUUUUUCUUUUCUCCUCUUUCAUGCACAUCUUCAUGUGUGCUCAGAGCAAAGCGGAGCUUUUAUUUAAAACUCUUUUUAAGUGACCUCUAUUUCUCUGUCAUUAUUGACUGAUUUAUUUAUUGACUUCAGGUGGUGUGUUGCUUGCAUCUUGUGAGCCUACAGUAUAGAGAGGCAGUAUUAUAGCCUUAUGAAAAUAUGUGUACUGCAACAAAGCUUUGCACAGCUUUAACAAUAAAGCCAGACUAUAAAGUUUUGUCAUGUACUGUUUACAAAUAUAACUAUCAAAUUUACAUUCAGCUUUUUUCCCCCUUGAUUUAAAUCUGCAUGAUAAACAUGUCUAAUGUUCUUUAUUUCAGUCAGCUGUGAUAAACUGUGACAAGAGUUUUACUGUAACUCAGAGCAAUCGCUGUGAAACCUGCUAUGUUUGCUAAUAAAGCAUAACUAACAAACCUCUGCUUUGCUUUUUAUUAGCAGCUGUCAUGAUUCUGUGUCAUGAUUCUGCACUUGUUGGUUCCG